AUGCCGUCCUCUCUCUCCUCAACUUCUACUAUUGCCAAAAGUGCUCAAAAUAGUUUCAAGCUUGCUAUAUUUGAUGGGGUUUUCAAGAAAAGUGGUGAGACCUUAUUGUCUACCUUGAGAAGCAUUGUGUCCAGACACCACCACCACCACCACCGCCAGUGGAGCCCUAAAUGUGCCAACACAAAAUGGAAAUUUAGGCUCGUAUCUGAAUACAAUGUGUCCCUUGUUUUGACAGUAGGCUUAGAGGGUUGCACAAAUUUUAGUAGUGUGCAAAAGGCAGUAGAUGCUGCUCCUGAGCUUAGCAACUAUAGAACCCUCAUCAUAAUCGAUUCGGGUACUUACAGGGAAAAGGUGACGGUGGCUGCUAACAAGACCAAUUUGAUAUUUCAAGGUCAGGGCUAUCUUAACACCAUCAUAGCAUGGAAUGACACAGCCAAUUCUACUGGAGGGACGGCUCGUAGCUCUUCAGUUGCCAUCUUUGCUCCCUAUUUCACUGCCUACAAUAUUAGCUUUCAGAACACAGCUCCGCCACCAGGUCCUGGAAGAAUUGGAGCACAGGCAGUGGCACUAAGAAUUGCAGGAGAUCAAGCUGCAUUUUAUGGGUGUGGCUUCUAUGGUGCCCAAGACACGCUUAAUGAUGAUCGUGGGAGGCAUUAUUUUAGUGAAUGUUUCAUUCAAGGGUCCAUCGAUUUCAUUUUUGGCAAAGCUAAAUCACUCUAUGAGGGGUGCACCAUUAAUUCGAUAGCAAAUCCAGUCAAACGGGGGAUAAGUGGAGCCGUCACGGCACAAGGAAGGCAGUCGGCGCAGGAGCAAAGCGGAUUUUCGUUUGUGAAUUGCAGCAUUGGAGGAAGUGGGAAAGUGUGGCUUGGUCGAGCUUGGGGAGCUUAUGCAACUGUGGUGUUUUCUAAAACAUACAUGUCUGAUGUUGUGGCUUCAGAUGGAUGGAAUGACUGGAGAGACCCCUCUAGAGACCAGACAGUGUUGUUUGGGGAGUACGAUUGCAUGGGAUCGGGCGCAAAUUAUACGCAUAGGACCUCGUAUGCAAGGCAACUCAAUGAAUCUGAAGCAGCCCCCUUCGUGGACAUUUCCUACGUUGAUGGAAAUGAGUGGCUUUUACAUCCUCCACCCUUCAAUCUUCAUGAUGAGCACUAUAAGCACGAUGAUCAAUUGACUCAUACUUUCUAA